AUGGAACGAACGUGUUACCCAAAUACUGAUGUGUUAAUGACCUCCCCGACCACCAGCCCGACGGUGACCACACCACCGCCUCACCAGCUCCACCCCCACCUCCCACCACACCAACAACAGAUCACGACUAUACCGCACACUCCCCACCACACUCAACACCCGCAGGCAACCUCGUUAUCGCUUCCGUCCACGACCUCGCACCAGCAUCAGCCCGUGCCGGACAUGGUCACGUCCCCGGCGGCGGCUGCAGCAGCGACGUCUCUGUCCAGAAGCAACAGUGCGGGGGCUCUUGGCCGGGGGAUUGUCAAAGAGGAAGACGAACCGUGCGAGGACGCCGUCAUUCGGCCGGUAGCCACGCACUUUCUCUCCAACAGUAGCUAUCUACGUAUUUUUGUCAACCUCAACAGCACACCAAUUAUAAAAGCACCGGUUCGCCACACAGUGCGGGCGCCUCACCUGACGGGAGCAAGACGACGCGUUACAGCAAAGUUUAAUUUUCCUUUCUUUUUCCUUUUACUUUCUCUCUCCCUCUCAUUUUCCUUUUGUUAUUUCUCUCUCCCUCUCAUUUUCCUUUUUUUCUUCUCAUUUUUCUCUUUUUAUUUCUCUCUCAUUUUUUUUUUUCUUAUUUCUCUCUCCCUCUCAUUUUCCUUUUCUUAUUUCUCUCUCCCUCUCAUUUUCCUUUUCUUAUUUCUCUCUCCCUCACAUUUUCCUUUUUCUUUUAUUCUCUCUCCCCUCUCAUUUUCCUUUUUACUUAUUUCUCUUCACAUUUUCUUUUUUCUUUUUAAUCUCUCCCUUUAUUUUCCUUUUCUUAUUUCUCUCUCCCUCUCAUUUUCCUUUUCUUAUUUCUCUCUCCCUCUCAUUUUACUCUUGUUAUUUCUCUCUCCCUCUCAUUUUCUUUUUCUUAUUUCUCUCUCCCUCUCAUUUUCCUUUUCUUAUUUCUCUCUCCCUCUCAUUUUCCUUUUCUUAUUUCUCUCUCCCUCUCAUUUUCCUUUUCUUAUUUCUCUCUCUCCCAUUUUACUCUGUCUUUGUUUCUCACCUCCCAUGACGUUCCUUCUCGACCAUAACACUUUUUCUUGUCCUGCAUCAUAUCGGACACCUUUCAUACCCCAAGGUAAACAGUCAACAUAUGGCCGGCGGGUUAUUAAACAGACUGGACGUUGGGAACGAACGCCUGAACGUCCCACCUCAUCGUCUCCGUCUUCGAUAAUUCUCCUCUGUUGCUCUUGUUUACACGUUUCUAUCUUAUUUUCCUUCUUUCGAGUUGAAUUUUCUUUUCUUUUUCCUUUUACUUUAUCUCUCUCUCUCUCUCUCUCUCUCUCUCUCUCAUUUUCCUUUUAUUAUUUUUUCUCUCUCUCAUUUUCCCUUUCUCUCUCUCUCUCUCUCUCUCUCUCAUUUUCCUUUUGUUAUUGCUAUUUCUUUCUCUCUCUCUCUCUCUCAUUUUCCUUUUGUUAUUUCUCUCUCUCUCAUUUUCCUUUUGUUAUUUCUCUCUCUCUCUCAUUUUCCUUUUUUAUUAUUUCUUUCUCUCUCUCUCUCUCAUUUUCCUUUUCUUAUUUCUCUCUCUCUCUCUCUCAUUUUCCUUUUCUUAUUUCUCUCUCCCUCUCAUUUUCCUUUUCUUAUUUCUCUCUCUCCCAUUUUACUCUGGUUAUUUCUAUCUCUCCCUCAUUUUCCUUUUGUUAUUUCUCUCUCUCUCUCUCUCUCAUUUUCCUUUGUUAUUCCACACUCUUUUUCAUUUUCCUUUUGUCAUUUCUCUCUCUCUCUCUCUCUCUCAUUUUUCUUUUGUUAUUUCUUUCUCUCUCUCUCAUUUUCCUUUUUCUUUUCUUACUUUCUCCUUUUUGUGUCUUUUCUUUCUCUCUAUCUCUUUCUUUUUACGUCUCUCUCAAUCAUGUUCACUUUCUUCUCUGA